AUGGAUCGUCUCUUGGUGCCUCAGGACCUAUUCUUUGACUCAACACCUUCACCUCAAGAAACUACACUACAAUACACUCUGAAACGAGCAGAGACGACUACCUCCUCACACAGUGUCGUUGAUGGCGUACCUUUGGGUGACCUUCGCCACCACUAUCCCUGUCAAGCAGUUGAACACUGGGUGAGGUCCGGGCCCAGCAGUCCAACCUCGAUGAUGCCUUGUCAAAACCCAUGGGCCAUGGAAACCUCAGCCUUCACGCUGCCAUCAUCUCACUCACCUACACCGUCAAUGCCUGAUGGUCUUCCACGUUUCUUUCUUUCCUGCGACAGCGACUGGCCAUCAUCCUCAAUGACGUCGGGUCCGGCCCCAGGGCAGCUAAGGUCGGGGCCGUCUCGUACCAAUGAUAGCAGGACAUGCUCUGAGUGGAUGCGGGAAUCAGGCAAAGAUGUUUCUUACGCUUCGAAGCCUGAUCGCUAUACAGCACCAUCUGAAGCUUUUGGGCCGUAUCAACGCCCAUCUGGCAUUCUUACAACGACCUAUCCCACGGCAGCUCUUACGCCACCGUCGCCGGCCUUUUCGGCCUCGUCGUGCCAGAUGAACUCCCCUGUACUCAAAUCCGAACCUGGCCGCGUUGAUGCGCGAGCAGCACCAGCUAACGCAGAGGAGGAUGCGAACAUAGACCCGCCCUACUCGGCACUUAUUUACCAAGCUCUCCGUGACGCACCCGGUAAGAAAUUAUCUCUUCAGGAGAUUUACGGCUGGUUCGAAGAGAAUACCACAAAAGGAAAGGAUCGCAGUUCCAAAGGGUGGCAAAACAGCAUUCGACACAAUUUAUCCAUGAACGCGGUAUGUCUAUUCCAAAAGUUGGUGCUUCUGUUUUUGUGCUCCUUUACUAAGAAGUCAAAUCUGCUACAGGGUUUUGAGGCUGUUCGAGUGGAGAAAGCACCGGGCAAGAAAGCCCUGAAUUACUGGCGUCUAACAGACGAGGCAAUAACCCACGGUAUCCAGUCUACAACCCGGUAUAGAAAGCAGGCAAAUUAUAAAAAAACAGUGGGAUCAGACCCACCAGCUCCUCAACGCCAACGAUCCGGAGCGAAGGGAGGGAAAGCUACGAAAAUCACCACUAAAUUUCGCGGACUUAUGAACCAGGAUGAGCCACGGAAGGAACGGUACUAUCAACGACUGGUGUCGCAGCGGCGACCACACAAGAUCCUUCACGGUCAACACCACCCGUCACCUGUGACGGCGGCGGUCGUCUCGCGAUUUCAUGCAUCAGGCCUAGCAACACCACUGACUCGCACGUCAGCCGAGCCUUUCGAUUUGGGUAGUAUCGUUGGUAACGCUGACCCUCCUUCAUGCACUGCGAUUUUCUGUGACAUGGCAGGGCCGGGGUCGGACUGUCUAGCGAUGGAGACGGGAUUUCUAGGCUGGAGUAGUCUCCCGCCAUUUCCCCAUGCUUGUUGA